AUGUCCCUCGAUCCGCCCACCUAUCUAGCUUCCCUGCUGAGCAACAUUCGGCAAAGGCCCAUCCCCUGGGAUGGAGCUGUCAGAGCCGGCACGCUGACCGAAGACCAACAUGCAAAGGUUCGCGCUGUGGACAAGGCGAAAAAGCCCGAGCAGCAGAGGGAGCUCGUCCAACGUGAUCUCGAUGGCUACCGCUUGCUCUUUGUGGGCGGCCCUGGCCAACCUAGCGUGCUGGAAUCGGCAGCCAAGCAUGCCAAUGUCGUCCAGUAUCUCUUGGUGCUUCUGGCCGAUCUUCUCCAAGCUGUUCCCUCCUUAUCAAAGGCCUUGUUCGAAAACACCGACGACCCGUACAAGCACAUCUUGCCUCUGCUUCGUUCCGACGCUGCAGAGGACCCCAUCCCAUUACUCACGUCCAACGCUCUCACGAGCCUCAUCUCUCUGGCCCGAGACGAAUCAAAGGCGACUGAUCAGGCUUUGCCCGUGCUUUUAACAUACCUCUCUGGCUUGGCCAAAAGUGCCGACGCCUGCCUGCAAGAUAUCGCGGUCCAACAAUACUCGGCCCUUCUCUUUGGUCGUGCAUCGCGGGGCAAGUUCUGGAACCAAAGAAGCGAAACCGUUGCGCCCCUUGUCGGGAUUCUUCGGGCGGCUGCUGGCAUAGGAAGCGGCGCAAACACGGCCGCAAGUCUGUGGAGCGCCAACGUCAAUGUUCGCAACGUGGGAUUCGAGGCGUCUCUUGGAGGCGGCGUGGGCCUUCAACUUCUGUACCAUGUCCUCCUGCUCAUGUGGCAGCUCAGCUUCGAGGCCGAGGACAUUGGAGACGAUUUGAACGACGAGUACGACAUCAUCCUGCUCUACACCCAUCUAUUGCGAUUGUCGCAAAAGGAGAAGACUACGAGGCUCAUCCUGUCUACGCUUUACAACUUACUGGAGAAGAACCAGACGUCUCUUCUCCCCACCGCGGUUCUGGCUCGCCUUCCCGCCCUUCUGGAAAAUCUGGGCAGCCGCCACAUGACGGACCCCGACCUCCUGGAGGAUAUGCAGAGCCUCAAGGACUUGCUCGACGAAUACACCAAGACCAAGACGACGUUUGAUGAGUACGUGGCAGAGCUGAACUCUGGCCAUCUCCGCUGGUCGCCACCCCAUCGAAACCAGGUGUUUUGGGCGGAAAAUGCCAGGAAAAUCCUCGAGUACGAGAAUGGCGAGCUUCCUCGUAAGCUCGCCGAGAUUAUGCAGAAGCCAUGGGACAGUGAUAAACAAGUCCUCGCCAUUGCUUGCAACGAUAUUGGCUGCCUGGUCAAGGAAGUCCCCGAGAAGCGGUACCAGCUGGAAAAAGUUGGGCUCAAGACCAGAGUCAUGGAGCUGAUGCAGAGCGACGAUGAAAAUGUGCGGUGGGAGAGCCUGCGAGCACUGGGAGGCUGGCUCAAGUAUAGCUUCGAGCAGAUGUGA